CUGGUUUGGAUUCUACGUGGUGCUCCCAAGCCCGAGAGUGUAACAUCCUAAGACCGUAGCAGCAUCUACAAAUCUGUCAAAUUCUCCUCUGCCAUGGGGGCCACGACCCGGCUGUUGGCCAGCAUCUUCUUGCUUUUGCUCACUGCCCCUGCGAAAGGCGGGGUCCUCAAGAGAGUCAUCAGGCAUAAACGACAAAGUGGGGUAAAUGUCUCCCUGCCAGAGGAGAACCAGCCCGUGGUGUUUAACCACGUAUAUAACAUUAAGCUGCCUAUGGGAUCGCAAUGCUCAGUGGAUCUGGAAUCAGGUAGUGGGGAGAAAGACCUGGCCUCACAGUCAGAACCCAGCGAGAGCUUCCAGGAGCACACAGCAGAUGGGGAAAACCAGAUCGUCUUCACACACCGCAUCAACAUCCCCCGCCGGGCCUGUGGCUGUGCUGCUGCCCCUGACGUCAAGGAGCUACUGAGCAGACUGGAGGAACUGGAGAACCUGGUGUCUUCCCUGAGGGAGCAGUGCACCAUGGGAGCAAGCUGCUGCCUCCAACCUGCCGUAGGCCGUCUGGAUACCACGCCCUUCUGCAGCGGUCAUGGGAACUUCAGCACCGAAGGAUGCGGCUGUGUGUGUGAGGCCGGCUGGAAAGGCCCCAACUGCUCAGAGCCCGACUGUCCUGACAAUUGCCACCUGCAAGGCCAGUGCAUCGACGGCCAGUGCAUCUGCGAUGAGGGCUUCACAGGCGAGGACUGCAGCCAGCUGGCCUGUCCCAGCGACUGCAACGACCAGGGCAAGUGUGUGGGCGGCGUGUGCGCGUGUUUCGAGGGCUAUGCUGGGCUGGACUGCAGCCAGGAGGUCUGCCCGGUGCCCUGCAGCGAGGAGCACGGCACGUGUGUGGACGGACGGUGCGUGUGCCAUGAGGGCUUUGCAGGCGAGGACUGCAACGAGCCGCUUUGCCUCAACAACUGCUACGGCCGCGGGCGCUGCGUGGAGAACGAGUGCGUGUGCGACGAGGGCUUCACCGGCGACGACUGCAGCGAGCUCAUCUGCCCCAACGACUGCUUCGACCGGGGCCGCUGCGUCAACGGCACCUGCUACUGCGAAGAGGGCUUCACCGGCGAGGACUGCGGCGAGCUGACCUGCCCCAACGCCUGCCGUGGCCAGGGCCGGUGCGAGGAGGGCCAGUGCGUGUGCGACGAGGGCUUUGCGGGCCCGGACUGCAGCGAGAAGAGGUGUCCCGCAGACUGUCACCACCACGGCCGCUGCGUCGAGGGCCAGUGUGAGUGUGACGAUGGCUACACGGGCCCUGACUGCGGGGAACUCAAGUGCCCCAAGGACUGUCACCACCACGGCCACUGCGUCAACGGGCAGUGCGUGUGUGACGAGGGCUACACCGGGGAGGCCUGCGGCCACCGCCGCUGUCCCAGUGACUGCAACAGCCGAGGCCUCUGUGUCCAGGGCCAGUGCACGUGCGAGCAAGGCUUCCAGGGCUACGACUGCGGGGAGAUGAGCUGUCCCAGCGACUGCCACCAGCACGGGCACUGUGUGAACGGCAUGUGCGUCUGUGACGAUGGCUACAUGGGCGAGGACUGCCGGGAGCUGCGAUGCCCCAAGGAUUGCAGCCACAGGGGCCGCUGUGUGAAAGGGCAGUGCGUGUGCGACCACGACUUCACAGGCCCGGACUGUGCUGAGCUCGCCUGUCUGAACGACUGCCACCAGCAGGGCCGCUGUGUGAAAGGCCAGUGCGUGUGCUAUGAGGGCUUCAUGGGCAAAGACUGCAAGGAGCGGAGGUGCCCGGCUGACUGCAGUGGGCAGGGCCGCUGUGUGGACGGCCAGUGCAUUUGCCACGAGGGCUUCACAGGCCUGGACUGCGGGCAGCGCGCCUGUCCCAAUGACUGCAGCAACUGGGGACAGUGUGUCCUGGGACGGUGCAUCUGCAAUGAGGGCCACGCCGGGGAAGACUGCUCCGAGGUGUCCCCUCCCAAAGACCUCAUCGUGACAGAAGUAACAGAAGAGACCGUGAACCUGGCCUGGGACAAUGAGAUGCGAGUCACAGAGUACCUUGUUGUAUACACACCCACCCAUGUGGGUGGGCUGGAAAUGCAGUUCCGAGUCCCCGGGGACCAGACAUCUGCCACCAUCCGGGAGCUGGAGCCUGGUGUGGAGUACUUCAUCCGGGUGUUCGCCAUCCUGGAGAAUAAGAAGAGCAUUCCCGUUAGUGCCCGGGUAGCCACCUACCUGCCUGCGCCUGAAGGCUUAAAAUUCAAAUCCAUCAAGGAGACAUCUGUGGAAGUGGAGUGGGAUCCUCUGGACAUUGCUUUCGAAACCUGGGAGAUCAUCUUCCGGAAUAUGAAUAAAGAAGAUGGAGAAAUCACAAAAAGCCUGAGGAGACCAGAGACCACAUACCGGCAAACUGGCCUCGCUCCUGGGCAAGAAUACGAGAUCUCAUUGCACAUUGUGAAAAACAACACCCGGGGUCCUGGCCUCAAGAGGGUGACCACUACCCGUUUGGAUGCUCCCAGCCAAAUUGAGGUGAAAGAUGUCACAGACACCACCGCUCUGAUCACCUGGUCCAAGCCCCUGGCUGAGAUUGAUGGCAUCGAGCUCUCCUACGGAAUCAAAGACGUACCAGGCGACCGCACCACCAUCGACCUCACCCACGAUGAGAAUCAGUACUCCAUUGGAAACCUGAAGCCAGACACUGAGUACGAAGUGUCUCUAAUUUCCCGUAGGGCUGACAUGUCAAGCAACCCUGCCAAAGAGACCUUCACAACAGGCCUGGAUGCUCCUCGAAAUCUCAGACGCAUCUCCCAGACAGACAACAGCAUCACCCUGGAAUGGAGGAAUGGGAAGGCAGCCAUUGACAACUACAGAAUCAAGUAUGCACCAAUCUCAGGAGGUGACCACGCAGAGGUGGAUGUCCCAAAGAGCCAACAAGCCACAACCAGAACCACCCUUACAGGUCUGAGGCCGGGAACUGAAUACGGCAUUGGAGUGUCUGCUGUGAAAGAAGACAAGGAGAGCAAUCCAGCCACUAUGAAUGCAGCUACAGACAUGGAUGCACCCAAGGAGCUGCGAGUAUCUGAAAGUACGGACACCAGCCUGAAUCUGCUCUGGAAGACUCCCCUGGCCAAGUUUGACCAUUACCGCCUCAACUACAGCCUCCCCACAGGGCAGCAGAUGGAGGUGCAGCUCCCAAGAGACACCACCUCCCAUGUUCUGAAAGGCCUGGAGCCUGGGCAGGAAUAUACCAUCCUACUCACAGCUGUGAAAGGCAGACACAAGAGCAAACCCGCCCGAGUAAAGGCGUCCACGGAACACGCCCCCGAGCUGGGAAAUUUCACGGUGACUGAGGUUGGCUGGGAUGGCCUCAAACUCAACUGGACUACAGAUGCUCUGGCCUAUGAACACUUUGUCAUUCAGGUGCAGGAGGGUAACAAGGUGGAGACAGCUCAGAAUCUCACGGUGCCCGGCAACCUCAGGGCUGUAGACAUCCCAGGCCUCAAGGCUGCCACCCCUUAUAGAGUCACCAUCUACGGGGUGAUUCGGGGCUAUCAAACACCAGUGCUUUCUACUGAGGCCUCCACAGGGGACACUCCCAAAUUGGGAGAGGUAGAAGUGGCCAAGGUGGGCUGGGAUGCCCUCACGCUCAACUGGACUGCUCCCGAAGGAGCCUAUGAGCUCUUUACCAUUCAGGUGCAGGAGACAGACACAGUAGAGCCACCUCACAAUCUCACUGUCCCAGGAGAACUGAGGUCUGUGGACCUCACCGGGCUCAAAGCAGACACUCAUUAUACCAUCGCCAUCCGCGGGGUCACUCAAGGCUUCAGCACAGCCCCUCUCUUUGUUGAAGUCUUGACAGAGGAGGUUCCAGAUCUGAGAAACCUCACAGUGACCGAGGUUAGCUUGGAUACCCUCAGACUGGACUGGACCACCCCGGAGGAGACGUAUGAACAGUUUGUCAUUCAGGUCCAGGAGGCUGGCCAGGCAGAAGAGGUGCACAACCUUACAGUUCCUGGCCAUGUGCGUUUGGUGGCAAUCCCAGGCCUCAAGGCGGGUACUUCUUACACCAUCACCCUGCAAGGCAUGCUGAGGGGCCGCAGCACUCGGCCCCUCACUGUGGAAGUCAUCACAGAAGAACUCCCCCAACUAGGAGAGCUGGUCGUGACUGAGGUUGGCUGGGAUAGCCUCAAACUCAACUGGAAUGCACCCGGCCAGGCCUAUGACCACUUUGUCAUUCAGGUGCAGGAAGCUAACAAAGUGGAGGCAGCUCAGAACCUCACAGUGCCCGGCAGCCUCAGGGCUGUGGACCUCUCGGGCCUCAGAGCUGCCACUCCUUACAGAGUCACCAUCCAUGGGGUGCUGACUCAGGGCUAUACAACACCAGCGCUUUCUGCCGAGGCCUCUACAGUCCAAGAACCUGAAAUUGGAAACUUAAAUGUUUCUGACGUAACUCCUGAGAGCUUCAAUCUCUCCUGGACAGCUACUGAUGGGGCCUUCGAAAUCUUUACCAUUGAGAUUAUUGAUUCCAAUAGGUUACUGGAGAUGGUGGAGUAUAAUAUCUCUGGUGCCAAACGCACCGCUCACGUCUCAGGGCUCUCUCCUAGUACUGAUUUUAUUGUCUACCUCUCUGGACUUGCUUCCAGCAUCCGGACUAAAACCAUCAGCGCAACAGCCACAACAGAGGCCCUGCCCUUUCUGGAAAACCUAACAAUUUCCGACACUAAUCCCUACGGGUUCACAGUUUCCUGGAUGGCAUCGGAGAAUGCCUUUGACAGCUUCUUAGUAACGGUGGUGGAUUCUGGGAAGCUGCUGGAUCCCCAGGAAUUCACACUUUCAGGAACCCAGAGGAAACUGGAGCUAAGAGGCCUCAUAACUGGCAUUGGCUAUGAGGUUAUGGUCUCUGGCUUCACCCAAGGGCACCAAACCAAGCCCUUGAGGGCUGAGAUUAUUACAGAAGCCGAGCCAGAAGUUGACAACCUUCUAGUUUCAGACGCCACCCCAGAUGGUUUCCGUCUUUCUUGGACAGCUGAUGAUGGAGUCUUCGACGGUUUUAUUCUCAAAAUCAGAGAUAUCAAAAAACAGUCUGAGCCACUGGAAAUAACCCUCCUUGCCCCAGAACGUACCAGGGACAUAACAGGUCUCAGAGAGGCCACUGAAUAUGAAAUUGAACUCUAUGGAAUAAGCAAAGGAAGGCGAUCCCAACCAGUCAGUGCUAAAGCAAUAACAGCUAUGGGCUCCCCGAAGGAAAUUAUUUUCUCAGACAUCACUGAAAACUCAGCCACUGUCAGCUGGACGGCCCCCACUGCUCAAGUGGAAAACUUCCGGAUUACCUAUGUGCCCAUUGCUGGAGGUACCCCCUCGGCGGUCACUGUGCAUGGUACCCAGACCCAGACCCAGCUGAUGAAACUCAUUCCUGGAGUGGAGUACCUGGUCAGUGUCAUCGCCAUGAAGGGCUUUGAGGAGAGCGAACCUGUCUCAGGAACACUCACAACAGCUCUGGAUGGCCCAUCUGGGCUGGUGACAGCCAACAUCACUGACUCAGAAGCCCUGGCCAUGUGGCAGCCGGCCAUUGCCGCAGUGGAUAGUUAUGUCAUCUCCUACACAGGAGAGAGAGUGCCAGAAGUCACACACACAGUGUCCGGGAACACAGUGGAGUAUGCGCUGACCGACCUCCUGCCGGCCACAGAGUACACGCUGAGAAUCUUCGCAGAGAAGGGGCCCCAGAAGAGUUCAGCCAUCACCACUAAGUUUACAACAGAUCUUGAUUCUCCAAGAGACUUGAUUGCUACUGAAGUUCAGUCAGAAACUGCCCUCCUGACCUGGCGACGCCCCCGGGCUGCAGUAACUGGUUACCUCCUGGUCUAUGAAUCUGUGGACGGCACAGUCAAGGAAGUCAUUGUGGGUCCAGACACCACCUCCUACAGCCUGGCAGAGCUAAGCCCGUCUACGCACUACACGGCCAGGGUCCAGGCAUUGAACGGGCCCCUCAGGAGCAAGUUGAUAGAGACCAUCUUCACCACAAUCGGACUCCUGUACCCAUUCCCCAGGGACUGCUCCCAAGCAAUGCUAAAUGGAGACACGACCUCUGGCCUCUACACCAUCUAUCUGAAUGGCGAUAAAGCCCAGGCCCUGGAAGUCUACUGCGACAUGACCUCUGAUGGGGGUGGAUGGAUUGUGUUCCUGAGACGCAGCAAUGGACGGGAGAAUUUCUAUCGGAACUGGAAGGCCUAUGCUGCUGGAUUCGGGGACCGAAGAGAAGAAUUCUGGCUUGGCCUGGACAACCUGAAUAAGAUCACAGCCCAGGGGCAGUACGAACUCCGAGUGGACUUGCGAGACCAUGGAGAUACAGCCUAUGCCGUGUACGACAGGUUCAGCGUGGGAGACGCCAGGACACGCUACAAGCUGAAGGUGGAAGGGUACAGCGGGACAGCAGGGGACUCCAUGGCCUACCACAACGGCAGAUCCUUCUCCACCUUUGACAAAGAUACAGACUCGGCAAUCACCAACUGUGCCCUUUCCUACAAGGGGGCCUUCUGGUAUAAGAAUUGUCACCGCGUCAACCUGAUGGGCAGAUACGGGGACAACAACCACAGUCAGGGUGUUAACUGGUUCCACUGGAAAGGUCAUGAAUACUCAAUCCAGUUUGCCGAGAUGAAGCUAAGACCCAGCAACUUCCGAAAUCUUGAAGGCAGGCGCGAGAGGGCAUAAAUUCCAAGGACGACUGGGUAAGGGAAAUGUCGGGCCCAGAGAAAGGAAAGAAUUUUACCAAAGCGUCAAUACAACCAGUCCAACCAUCAGGCCACACCUGGGCACUUGUCAAGAGUCCGAGUUCACCAUGGACCGCUGAGGCCCACGGUAACAGCAGACGCCUCGACCACACGGUGAUUACUUCCUUCGCACCAAAGACAACCGUCUCAAUGGGUUUCUGUUUUGAUUCAGCAAAACUCUUCCAGUGACAGCAUCACAAUGAUUUUGACUUCUCUUGGGUGGCUCUGGGAACAGGAGAGGGGGAAGCUGUACAUUGGUAGUUUGUUUUAGUACCAGCUGUAUCUGACACAAAGUUGUAUAAUUAAUGAUUAUUUUUGUUAGCAAUGUUUUAAAUGCCUGUCAUUGGAAGACAUCCCUUUUUUUACAUUUUGUACAACAGAAUCCAGAAAAGCAAUACUGUUCCAAUUCUAAGGACAUAAUUAAUAUUAUUAAUAUAAUAAUAAUGAUGAUGAAGAAAGCUAAGGAUUUUUAAAAGAACUCCCCUUUCCAAAACACAGCUGGACAACCUGAUUGUAUUUUUUUUUUUAAUAAAAGCACAAGUACUUUUAAG